AUGUGGGCGCUGCGGGCACUGUGCCUGGCGGGGCUGGGUGCGGUGCUCGGCGGGGGCUCGGCGGAUCAGUGCAACUGGAGGGGCAGCGGGCUGUCUCAGGAGGCGGGCAGCGUGGAGCAGCUGUCCCUGCACUGCGCCGAGGGCUCUCUGGAGUGGCUGUACCCCACGGGUGCCCUUCGGCUGCGCCUGGCCCCCCGCCUGCCCCCCGCCGCCGCCGCCGUCAAAGGCAAGAGCCCCCAGCACGUCACCGCCUGCGUCAAACCGUCCGGCACCUUCCGCGGGGCUCAGCUCUACCUGGAAAGAGAAGGGCUGCUGGAGCUGCUGCUACCAGAGGCCCCCCGACCCCGCGUCCGCUGCUUCAGUUGGGCACCCCAGGAGAAGGUGGCCCUGUUCCUUCAGGCCACCCCGCACCCCGACAUCAGCCGCCGCAUCGCUGCAUUCCGCUACGAGCUGCGGGGGGACUGGCUGGCACGCCCCCCCCUGCCCGCUGCCAGCCCUGCUGCCGAAGGGGCAUGCCGGCCGUGCAACGACAGCGAGCUGCUGAUGGCCAUUUGCACUAGUGACUUUGUGAUCCGCGGCAGCAUCCGGAGCGUCUCCAACGACGCGGAACUGCAGGAAUCUGUCAUCGGGAUCAGCGCCGCCCGCAUCCACCGCCAGAAAUUCCCUCUUUUCCAGGCGGGGGGGCGGCCGGCGGGCAGCAUCCGCACCCCGCUGCGCUGCGGGGUCAAGCCGGGCCCCGGCACCUUCCUCUUCACGGGGUGGCUGCAUUUCGGGGAGGCCUGGCUGAGCUGUGCCCCCCGCUACCGGGACUUCCAGCGCAUCUACGAGGGGGCACGGCGCGCCCGCCAGAACCCCUGCGAGUUCCCCGUGGACUGA